AUGCCUACUGAUCAAGAUAAUGAAUCAGCCGUAGAUGUUUUUGGGAGAUCGAUCUCGUAUCAUCUUUCCCGUUGCGCUAGCGUGAAUUUGGAUGACACAUUGGGUGACAUUGACCCGUAUGCCCAAGACUGGGAGUCUGGUUACUCCCCACUACACAUAUGUUUAAUGUCGGGUCAGUAUCAUAAGGCAUUUAGGAUAUAUCAUUACUGGCAAUCGAAAUCUGACAUUGUUGAUGUCAUGCGGCGGGGAUCGAUCCUUGACCUUAAGGACAGAGAGGGUCUUACCCCUCUGAGGAUGAUGAAGGAGCUGCAUGAUUACUGGUCUCUGAAGAGACUGCCGUUGAGCAUAACACCGAGAUUUGGGAGUGUUGAGCCUUUGGUGGAGUGGUCGGACGAUCGUUUGAAAAGGAAACCCUCGAUCGAGACUCUGCGGGAGUGGUGCGCCUCGCGAGGUGCCAAGAGAUGCUAUACUUUUGGUCAUAACGACCAUUUCCAGCUAGGUACGGGGGAUAUCAAGGCUCGGAAGGAGUGGUUUGAAGUGCGGUUAUCUAACGGAGACAUGGGUCUGCGAAUCCGUGACUGUCAUAUGAAUAAACGCUACUCGAUAGUGUUCGACAUGGAUAACGUUAUGUAUGUGUCAGGGGACUUUAUACGUGGUGUCUCCGAAGGUACGAAGGUACGAAGCUUUCGGUUUGAAAGGCCUCCAGAAGCCUAUAGUGUCGACAGUGUGGUGGCUGCAUCUUCAAGUGAUUUACACAAUGUUGUAAUCACGUCCUCUGGCGUUGUGUAUUCAUGGGGUAGCAAUCAAUAUUACCAAUUAGGGUAUGAUACGGAUAGAUCCUUAUCCUUGACAAAGGAUACCGUAAGAUUGCCGCAUAAAUCCUCGUUGACGCUGGUAUCUUGCUCGAAUGUGCAUUCAGCGGUAGCAACUGACCGAGGAACUGUGUAUUUUUGGGGGCUAAACACCGGCCAAAUGGCUACUCCUAAGCCUGCCACGCCUCCUAAUUGCACUAAUGGUUCGUUAAGCGGUUGGAAAACAGGCCGCAUUGUGGAGUUCCAGAUAGAUGCUCACAAGCUGCAAAAAAUAGUAUGUUUAGAGCAGGCAACACUUAUUUGGUCUGACAACUACAAGCUUUGUGUGCUAGCAGACUUUAAAAGGUAUAAGUUCACUCUAACGAAGCCUAAUGUGGGCGAAGAAGAGGGCGCGCGUGAUAUCUAUAGGGUACCGCGUCCCGCCGACGAACAUAAGGUGAUUAAGAUUGGCUGCCGAAACGCGUACGGUAAUAACAUGUGCAUUUUGUACAACGAUGGCUCGGUGGGCAUACUUAGGGUGUCGGAUACAAAGGGCAUGUGGAGGAAAUUAAAGCCUGUCCCUCAUAUCAUGCCAUACUGGACACCUAGGACAUGGCUAGAUCGCUGUGUGGAUUUCGAUGUUGGCGCUGCUGGUGAAAUUAUACUAUGUACCACCAGUGGUGAUGUCUUUGUAUCUAAAGGUCCAGCUCAACAGUUCGAACUGAGAAAACCAAAGUUACCUGGUAGCAGAUGCGUCGGCGUUAGCUGUGACGCAUCUUUCAGCUCAUUUUGUGUUAUGGUGGAUGAGUAUGACCCUCCACCGCUUAACUUUUACGCAAAUCCCAUACACAGAGAUCUAGGCAGAUUCUCUCCACUGGCAGCAGUUGAUGAAGGCUCCACAUUCAAGCAAAGAAACAAAUUAUAUGAUAAUUCGUAUGUUAUACGAAGGCCUCUUAGUUCGCAGCUUGUCGACGAUGAGGAGCUAUUAUCUGAGAAAGAAAACUUGACUGUCAACAAUAGGCUCUUCAAUGUGGUUGAACCACCAUGGAAAACAAAACCUAGAAAAUCAUACCCGAAAUCACAUAGUGAUGAAAUGGUGCCUGGCCUUAUGAAAGAUUAUGAUGUAGAGUUUAUUGAUAGAAAAGGUCAGGUAAUCGGUCAUUGUCACAAAAUGUUAUUAUAUUUGCGUUGCCCAGACUGGAUAGAAAAAAUUGUAGGAGAACUUCACACGGUAGGCAGGUCUUCAAAAUCUGGUUUUAGCUUCACCUUGGACUGUGAUCCGGAGUCUACUUCGUGGAAGAUCAUAGUGGAUGCUGUAUCGCAAUUCUCCUCAGAAAACCUGCCCACUACAUUACUUUACGCACUGCACAUGCUAUACUCUGGUGUAGAAAGAGAUCCCAUUAUCGAUACUCCUACUCUAGAUGUUUCUGAAUCAAGGUUAUUAGUGAAAGAUAUCAGGGAAAUUUCGUCAAUUUUUUACCUCCGUUCUGAUAACGAGCAAUUGCCGAAAUCAAUCGAACUUCUCUACCGGCACAGCUCAACUUUUGGAUCAGCAGCAAGCACGACUGGCGAUAGCGAAGAACCCCCUGUACUUCUUGACCUGCCCAUCAAGCCUGACUUAGAAAUCCUUCUUGCAGAUUCUGAAACCCCACUAUAUACGUUUUCCUUUAUCCUGCGAUGUAGGUCACCAUAUUUUGAGACCCUGCUCAGCGGACGCUGGGCAUACGAUAAACUGGAUCUAACGAAUACCAGGGCUCCAAUUUUUGAUGUCAUCCUAAAGUAUGCAUUUGGAUUACCAUUCAGGCAACUGUUGGAAGGUCUUCAUUUCGAGGACAGAGUUGAAUUGAUCAAUGAUAUUUUUGAAGUUAUUGAACUCGCUGACCUGUUUAUGAUGGACGAGCUUCAAAGCUAUUUAGAGAGUGUUCUCGCAGCUCUUAUUCAGGCUAACAAUGUCAUUCAGAUUUGGAUGAACGCAAAUACCUACAAUUGCCACGCACUAUCGUAUGCCUGCAUAUGCUUCCUUUAUCACAACAUAGAGCUGCUGUUUGCAGACCACAACCUGAAUCUACUACACGAACAUCUUUCACUAGACGACUGGGAGCGUUUUGAACGUAUUACCGGCUCGCUUAGGUUUGGCAGCAACACCGCCAGUAAUGUUGACUGGUAUUCCAGUUAUUCUACAAACAAGUGGAUCGCGGAAUUUAAGGGAAACCUCCCCAAAUUCAACGAACAGUUUAUGGAUCCUUUACGUCCUUUUGAGGUUAUUUCACAUAUCAAGAAGAAGAAGCCCAAGUCCAAGCCCAAGAAACAAGUAGGAAAGGCUAAGUCCUCGAACGGUCUUGAGACCGCUGCUUCUUCGCAAGAUGCCCAGUCGCUUGUUCCCGUUCCUGCCAAACCAGCGGCUGCAACAUCCAAACCAAGCUACAAGGAAAACAUCGACCCCACUGGGACUGAAGGAUUCAUAACUGUUUCCAAAACUAGAAGAAGGUCCUACAAAGGUUCUUCUAAUACCCAGCCGGUUACAAUUCCGCUAAAUAUUCCCGCAAAUACACACAAUGUUGCAGUAUUCGAAAAGAUCCCUAAACAGGUGCCAGUCGUAUCGGUUUCUGCGACAUCUGGUGUAAACCCCACCCAAUUUCCAUCAUUGAACUCUAUAGCAGACGAUCUUGACCAUAAGAAAAGAGUGUCUACUUCGAGCUCUACAUCUUUAUUGUUCAAGAAAUCCUCCCAAAGAUCCCGCAUCAAGCAUAAAAAACUAGACUUUUCUGCUACCGAGGAGAAGCCAGCACCACCAGGUGUGCCAUGGAAAACCCUCGCUUCUAAGACUACCUCCAAAGAAGGAUCUUCCGCAAAUGGUAAGUUCCCCGCAUUGACGGAAGUGCUAAAGUCCGGAAAUCCAACUUCAGAGAUUAUUGGCAUCACUACUAAAGGACAGCAAGGUUCCAUCAAGUCGUAUCUCACCACACCUGCCCCAUCUUCGAAACCAAGGACUCCAAAAUCUCAGACAAAAUCUAAUGUCGGACCUACUAUAGACUUCGCAUUGUGGUGGGAACAAGAAUCUGCUAAGGUACAGCAGCAAAUUAAAGAGGAAGAGACGUACGAACGGCACCUGAAAAUCCAAUACGGCUAUCUUGAACCAGCGAAGAAGGGAAAGGUCAAGUUCAAGAAGGUCGAUUGGUAA